CGCAAGUGAUAAAACCGACUUUCUUUUCCUCACUAUUUUUUUAAAAUGGAUCCCAAUAACAACGAAGCCACUAGAUUAUGGAGAGUUUUCCGCACUGGACAUCAAAUGGUCCAUGACAGAGGCUAUUUGGUUUCUCAAUCUGAACUCGAUAUGGAUUUAGAUUCCUUUAAACGUACAUUUGCUCCCUCUGGUGAUGUUGAUCGUGAUCAAUUGACAUUUGUAGUUCAAAAGAGAGAUGAUCCUACUGAUCAAUUACUUGUGUUCUUCCCCAAAGAUACCUCAGUUGGUGUUAAGCCCUUGAGAGUUUAUGUCGAACGUAUGGCACAACAACAAAUCCCCAAGGGUAUUUGUAUCUAUCAAAAGAGUAUGACCGCUUCUGCCAAUAAGGUCAUCCAAUCUUUGCCUUCAAAGCACACAUUAGAAUCAUUCCAAGAGAACGAGUUAUUAGUCAACAUCACACACCAUGUUUUGGUCCCCAAACAUGAAGUCUUGUCAUCCGAGGAAAAGGCAGUUUUAUUGCAAAGAUACCGUUUAAAGGAAACUCAAUUACCUCGUAUUCAACACACUGAUCCCGUUGCAAGAUAUUAUGGUUUAAAGCGUGGACAGGUCGUCAAGAUUUUGAGAGAGAGUGAAACAGCAGGCCGUUAUGUCAGUUACAGAUUGUGUAUUUAAGUUUUUUUUUUUUCUUUUUUUUAUAUAUAUGUAUACUGUUUCGCGUUAUCAAACAAACACACACAAAAAUUACACACACAUAUAU